UAGUCAGUUCACUGUGUCGAGAACACUUACCGACUUCAGUGACUCGUUUUUCUUUUUCUUUAGGAAACAACUGUAAUGGCCUCAUGGAUUCCCUCACAGAGAGUGAAAUAUCUGAGAUAGCAAAACUGGAGAGAGCUGCUGGCGUACAGAGGCUCGGCUGUCACUUCUCGUGGCCUGAGUUCUCUGAUGAACGGACGGAUCUCCACCAGGAGUUUGUGUAUGAUGUUGCUAUGUUUGCCGCAGACCAGGGCUACCCGUGGCCUAACGUGAUCCGAGCAGCGGUGGUGGCCAAAGUCAUCUUCCUGGGAAUGAACGGUUUGGAUCCACUCUCACUAAUGUCCUUGGUGAAGGAUUCACUGUCUGGGUGUUUUCAGAACCUUACACCCAGCCAGCAAAAGGACUUUGCCAAGUACUUCUUAGACACCUGUGUGGCUCGGCAGCAACUUUUCCAGGCGGUGGUGAGCGGAGCCGCUAACGUAACAGUGACGCAGCUCCACUUGGAAGUACGGCUGCCACCCAGACUGGUUCCUCUGUCGCAGGGCGUCGAGCUGCAUGAGUGGGAGCAGCGGCGUCACCAGUAUGACCUAGCAGCCGCUUUGCGGCAGAAGGAGGAGGAACUGAAGCGUAUCAGACAGGGGUCAAGGGUCACUCUGGGUGAGAUUGAUGUUCCAAAAAGUGAAGGGCUGGACAAAGAGGGUGUUCUGGAGGCAGUCCGUGCAGCGGUGAGGGUCGCCGGAGGUCAGGUGCAGGCGAGUCUCGACCUCGAGGCCUCACUGGUCAGUGACAUCAUACGGCUCAAAGCGCAGCAGGCUGCACAGACCACCACGGCGCCGCAGAGCUCCGAUCUUUCUGACGACAGUUACGUCACGGCAACAAAGACAAAGCAGGACAAAGCGAGACCGGCAAAAACAAGAGGGAAAGAGUCCGCACAUGCACUGUGACGGCGCAUUCAGCCUCAUACAGAGAAGGUCUGUGGAGCUACAACCUUAGACUUUAUUCAUGCGUCAGUGUUACACAGUAUGUAAAUGCUAACCUGUUCCUGUUGGUGGUUCUAAUCUAAUUAACUGUUAAAGCACCUGGGCUGUCAUCUUUUUGAGUGUCUCAUUUUUAAAAAAUAGAUGUGUAUAUUUAACAUCUGAUAUUUUAGUCA